AUGACAUCCAUGCGGCCCCACACACUUAAAGGCCCGGGCAACACACUGGCGCGUCGCGAUCCCGUUGAUCAAUAUUUGGCGGACCAACAUUUGUAUCGCAAGCUAAUGGUUAGGAGUGACAGCAGCUUGUUCCAAGUCGUGGCCGAGCAGAUGUAUGAUACACAGAAUCUUCACUACGAGGUGCGAAUGGACUGUGUACGCUUUAUCAUGGACAAGCGUCGCCUAUUCAGGAGAAACAUAACGGGCAAUUUCAACGACUAUCUGUCGAAGUUAGAGAAGCCGAAUACUCGGGGGACGAUGAUAGAACUACGCGCCCUAUGCCUUAUGUACGGCCGGAAUGCGAUUGUGCAUGAGCCAAUGAGGCUUGGCACGCCAGUGACGUUUAGCGAUAAAUACAAGAAGAAUUUUAGUGUUUUCAUCGACCAGUAUGGCAAUUUCGAUGCUGUAUACACGAUGGGACACAUUGAGGAGGCAGCCAUUUGCCAAUCCAUCACAUUUAAGAUGCUUUACCAGAUGUGUUUCAAGCUGCCGGAUGUGAGCCUGGCAGCUGAGAAGAUGCUGAAUCCGGACACAUUCUGCGAAGGCACUACGCUGGAGUAUAGUCAAAAUGGUACAGUUGUCCGCAUUUUAUGCAGAAAUGGACGCAGCUUCGACGUGGACUCGCCAGAGCUCACCAGCUGCCUAUUGAAAGACAAACAGCUCUGCGACUUCCACAAUCGAGUACGUUGGCGAGAGUAUGUGCAGAGAUUCGGACGAGUGCCAUUGUCGUGCACGCUGAAAUGUGUAGAUGACAACAUCGUGCCAUUUUCGUAUUCCGUUGCCAAGUCCCUAGACCCGAAUAUCUAUCGAAAUGUGGAGCUCAGCUCUUUUCUUGUGAUGAAAAAAGAGGCGAAGAAGUUCCAGCUAUGUAUCAGGGACGAUUUCAACGCUGGUGCCCAUUGUCUGGUGCAGCGACACAAAUGGCUAGGGCAUAUGAAAAAGGGUUUUAUACUGAAAAUAGACUGGAAAACAAGCACAUUCACUGUUUAUCUUGAGGAAACGGGCACAGUGUUGCAGGUGCCUCCGAAUGCAGUGCAUCCGCUGCGACCAAUUUACAACAAAUGAAAUUACCUCGGAUCAGUGC